GUUUGACAGAAAUUGUACACAUUAAAUUUUCUAUAGUUGCACAUAUUGCUAUUGACAUAUCAAAAAGAAUGUGACGAGAUCAAAUUUUCAAUUUUAAAUUUUUGCAGUAAUAAUUUCAAAAAGCAAUCAAAAUUUUUAGUGGAUUCAAGGAAUAUUAUAAAAAAUGAGUAAACCCAGCGAUACCGCGGGAGAAAGUAAAAAUUCCUCCUCGUUACAGCAAAAUAGCAAAAGUACCAGUAAUAAUAGCAGCUCGAAUGAAUCACUUAAAGUCGAAGAAACCGAAACCAUCCAAUCUAAUGAACAGAAGUUACAAUUAUAUAAAUCUAAAUGGAAUUCCUGGGAUUUUUCCUACCUACUUUCCCGUAAUAGUUCCAGCGUCCCAUUGAACUGUAAAGAUUCCCUAGAAAAGAUCCUUAAGUCCACCACCAGGUUUAUUGUUUCUGUUUUUUGUAAUGAAAUUCCACCUGAGGUACCAGUUUCGAAAACAUCACAAGAAGCUUGGAUAUCAGGAGGUACCUUGGGGUCUCGUAAUACCGUUUUAAUAUUUAAGAGUUCUGCAUUAGCUAAUGCCUCGGAAGAAUUAAUACAACAAAAACCCGCUUAUAAGUUACAUAUUACUUAUAAAGUUCUUCAAGCUGAAUCUAAAUUAUUAUCGAAAUUAUUGGACUGCCAUGGAGUUACAGAAGUUGCUCCGAAUUCUUCAGAUUUUAAUCUACUAUGGACUGGUUCCCAUCCAAAACCAGGUUUGUUAUGGUGUACCAUUAGAUCCUUAGCGCCUCACCAAAGAGUUAAUCAUUUUCCAAGGUCUUAUGAACUAACACGUAAAGAUAGGCUUUAUAAAAAUAUAGAAAGAAUGCAACACGCUAAGGGUUUCAAAAAUUUCGAUUUCAUCCCUCAAACUUUUGUUAUGCCCAUCGAGUAUAGAGAAUUGUGUUCCACACAUCAUCGAGUCAAGGGACCUUGGAUUGUAAAACCUGUAGCGUCUAGUCGUGGUAGAGGAAUUUUUAUUGUCGAAACUCCAAAUCAAGUGCCUCUAGAAGAACCAGUCGUCGUGGCCAAAUAUAUUUCUAAUCCUCUUUUGGUAGCCGGACAUAAAUGUGAUUUAAGAUUAUACGUAGUCGUUACCAAUUUUGAUCCAUUGAUUAUUUAUAUUUAUGAAGAAGGCCUUGUUCGAUUUGCUACUGUUAAAUAUGAUGCUAGUCACAAGCAGCUGUGGAACCCGUGCAUGCACCUAUGCAAUUAUAGUAUCAAUAAAUACCAUAGUGAUUACGUUAAAUCGGAUGAUCCAUCAGCAGAAAAUGUGGGUCACAAAUGGACCCUUAGUGCUUUAUUGAGACAUUUAAAAUCUGAAGGCAAAGAUACUGCGCUACUUAUGUCCCAAAUUGAAGAUGUAAUAAUUAAGGCAAUAUUGGCUUGUGCUAAUUCUGUGAUAUCCGCUUGUAAAAUGUUUGUUCCUUAUACUAAUAACUGUUUUGAACUUUAUGGCUUCGAUAUAUUGAUAGAUAAAAUGCUUAAACCAUGGUUAUUAGAGGUUAAUUUAUCACCAUCAUUAAAUUGUGAUAGUCCUUUGGAUGUCAGAUUGAAAUCAGCCAUGUUGGCUGAUUUGUUAUCCUUGGUUGGUAUACCAGCCGUAGAUCCAAUUAUAAGAAUAAACGGAGAUUACCAAAAAUCAAAUUUUAGUCUAAAAUCGAAUUUUAAUCACUGUAGACGUGUGCAUUCCGCAGACGGCUUAGCUAGUACUAGCAGUUCAUUGAAAAAAGGGGCGCAUACUGUUGGUAGAGGUCCUUCUCCGUAUACCGCCGAAGAAGCUAAAAUGAUCCGAUUGGUUACAUCAGAAUUCAAAAGGAGAGGUGGUUUCGUCAGAAUAUUCCCUUCUGCAGAUAGUUGGAUGAAAUAUUCUCAAUAUUUGGAUAGAAAUACUGGUAUACCAUUGUCAGGAAAUCCGGGAACAAACUUUUGCUUAAGCGGACAACAUAAUUACAAUCUGUUGAUUUACGCACACUUUUAUCCCGAUAUUCCAGUCCUGAAUAAUCCUAAUGAAAGGAAUCAGACUCGUUCGAGACAAACGAUGCUUAAAAGGGAUAUAUCCAUCGAAAGCCACAAAGUAGGUAAUAAGACUUUGAAUGGUAGACAGGACCGAUACGAAAGGAUGUUAAGUCAAGGACACAGAUCGUCAUUGGCCCCUUGUAAAAUUACCAGGGAAACUCAUUGUUUGGAUAUAAAGAAGCGAAUAACUGACAUGUUGGAAACUGGCAAAAGGAUUACCCAAUGGCAAGCGAGAAAAACUUUCAGUCAUUAUUUAGCAUGUAUACUAAGGAGGAUAGUGAAAGGACCGGAUCAAGAUGAUCACGUAGAAAUCGUUUUGAAAUUCAUGCAGAAAGCGUCUAAUUAUUUGAGAACACCUUUCAACGUAAAGACUCCAAGUCAAAAGUUGGACUACAAAGAUCGAGCUGCAGUUGUAGCUAAGCAAUUGAAUGAUUUUUUGUAUCUGUAUAACAGAGAAACUGAUUUGUACGUCGAUAAGACGGAAAGAGCUAGUCAAAUACCAAAAAAAAUUUAUAAUGAAUUUUUGGAACAUGCCCGGGAAUCCGAUUUGGAGGAAUUAUUAAUAUACCAAACGACUCAAAACGUACCGAGUUAUGCUACUAAUACAACGUUUCCUGGUUUAUUGAAAUGUAUUCCAGCUAUACCGAAACAUUACGGUCUCAAACCACCCUGUAAGGCGAAUAAAUCAAAAUCCGGCAUGAAUAAACCUCUAGCACAAAUCGAGGUACCCCAAUAAAGAGAUGCUCGUUUUGUAUUUAAUUUUUUUUCAGGUAUUAUUUGAAAUUGUGACUGGUUAUUCGAUUUUUUUGGUUAUUUGUAUUUUUUUUUCAUUAAUCAGUCAUCUAGUAAUAAUUUAUUCUAUAUGUUACCGAGUUUUUGUUAUAAUACACAGACAUUUUCUUUUCGCACUGCUUUUCCAUGUAAUUUUUUCACUCAUUCAUUAAGAAAAACAAAACGUUUCUGUGAUACUUUAGCUAACCUUAAUAUUUCAACACCAAAGUUUUGUCGAACCCAGUAUGGUACUUAACGUUUUUACUAAAUACUCACUUAGUUUAUGUCGUUUUGGAAUCGAAAAAGUAAAAAAAAACGAAAUUGAUUUAAUAUUUACGAAAGAUUAUUUAGAUAUGAGGAUGAAUCAGAAACUAAGGGAUUUGAAAAUAAAAUAGUUUGUAGUCGUUACAACUUUUGCAAGCAUUUUUUUUGGUACCCCCACUGUUUGUAUUGCUUGUUACCAAUUACAAUUUGAUUAAUGAAUCCCGAUGUAUGUUGUAGGGCUCCACCUUCUUUUAUGGUGAUCAGUAAAAAAAUUUGAUAACCUUAUUGUACAAAAUUUGUGAUAGUUUAUCAAAAAAGUCGGUGAAACUCGAAAUUUUGAUUCUAAUUGUCCAUAAAAUUUUAUAGAUGUCAGGGUGAACCACUAUAUUUGAAGCAAAAACAACUGGAAGUGGAUUUUUGUUUUUUUUUAAUGGAACACCCUGUUUUAAAUCACAAUGCUACAGCGUAAAAUAUUCUAUGUACUUUAAGAGGAAGACUUCUGGUUCCCUAAUUAUCCAAUAAAUGUACAAGGUGUAUCACAAUAUUUGGUGCAAAAACUACUGAAAGUGGUUUGUUGUUUGUUUUUAUGGAACACCCUGUUUUUUAUUGCGUUUAUAGGAAUCUAAGAUGAAUUGUGUGAUUAAUGCUUGAAACUUGCUAAAUCUUCGUAAAUAAUUUCAAAAAAUUAUACACGAUUGUCAGAAAAUAAGCAGAGUUUUCAGUUGUAUCGAAAAUAAUGUAACUCACCUUUUUCAAAUGGAAACUAAAUGUUUUACGUUGAAACUAGGGGAAUUUUAUAUUUACAACCCUUAAUAUAAUAAAAAACCAGCGGAAAUCUCUCACAAUACAUACAUGGGGGUUGCAUAUGGAUUUAGUUCGUUGAAGAAGUCUUUAACAGGUGAAUGACUCAUCACUAGUAGUUUCUUCAUACGAGUCAAUUUUUUUUACCACAGCUUUGUUUAGUACAACAACAUUGGUAAAAACCAAAUUUCGUUUCCUGGUGUGCAGUUUGAUUGUUUUCAUUCCAAGCUGUAGUUGGGUUUUUAUUUUGAAGAUUCUCAUUGCUUUGAAAAGGUUACUUCUAUUCUGUUUCGUCCAGUGGAGUACUGGAGUACAAAACGUUGACUGUAGACUUCAUAAUUCCUCAUAGUUAACUUGCUUCUUUACAUAAGUCAACUACGAUAUAAUUAGUAAACUUUUUCUUUCAAUCUCACAUUUUCUGCGACUUUUUGAUUAUAAUUUUCUAUACAAAUUAGUAUUUUCAAUGAUAUUGAAUAAAAUAAUGAAAAUUAUCUUGGCAGUCAACGUGUUGAAUCCAAUUUUUCAAAAAUCUAUUUCAAUUCAUGUAUCUAAAUUAUCAGAAGAUCAUAGAAACAUUUCUGAUUAUUCUAAAACAAUUAAAAUCGUUUUUAAUUCCUGUAAAAAUUAUUUUUGAACCUAAAGGCAUCAAACACUGUUUUCGGUUCAUCCAGAGUCAUCAAAAAUCCUUUUGACUCAGUCAUAUUUUCUUCAGUGCCUUGUUUUUAACCACUCAAUUGUCUAUUGUAUUAAAGGUGUUGUAUAGGGCGGUACAAAUAAAACCUCUAUUCUUUAGUUCGGAUUCAGAGAGUUUGCUAGGAGCGUUGGAGACUCAUUGAGGAGGCAACUUCGUCAGAAAACUUGAUCCCUACAAAUAAUCAAUUCUGAUAAAAAAUUUUUUCAGAUUCAUAGAUUUUCCUCAUGUUUUGAAAUUUUUUCUUUUCCAAAACUGAAUCACUUAUUGUAUUUGUAAAAUUUAGAAUUGCAGCUAAUUUAUUUAUUUAUAUUAUUUAAAUGUGUUUUGUUUGUAGUUUAGUUUAUUUAAAAAACUUUUUUUGACAAAUAUAUUGUGAUAAUUACCCAUAACGAACUACACAACGUUAGAGCACAGUAUUUUUUCUACAUAUCGAAAAAGUUUUUUUAUUUAUUUAUAUGUCAGGUUACACAAUUAAAAUUCGGUCGGUUUUUAUCGUUUGUAGCUUUUUUUUCAUCCCUUUAGUAUCCAAAACCGCCACUUGAGAUACCUGAAAAGGCAAAUUGUAGUUACUUUCAAUAAUUAGCUGGAUUCUUCAUAAGAAACUAUUCCAAACAGUAAAUAAAUUGACUGUAUAUAGAAAUUUGACUGAAAUGGGUCUUUAUUAUGAAAAAAAAAAAUAUGAUCAAGUUUAUAAUUUGGUAAAAGUUUUACCCAGUAGUUGAAUAAAGAUUGUAAAACAUUUAUCUGAUAGAACUGUUUAAGAAGAACAAUGAAGUCAAUAAGUAUGAUUGUGGUUAUCGGACGAUACCAACUUACUUAUCCUCAAAAAAGGUCAUAAUAAAAGUUUCAAAAACAUCUCUGAGCAAUGAUAAUUUGACUGGUGAUAUUUAUUUGGAACUUGUUACCUUGUUGAUGCCCUAAUAACCCAAAAACUCGAAGAUGAUGUAAAUUUUCAUGGAACAAACAAAAUGGAGCAUCUCCAUACCAAUUUACUGGAUAGACUGUAGGACAGGCUCCUAAUUCAAUUCUUAUGGAUUUCUUAUGUGGGGGUUUUUGUAGUCCAAACUUUAUGAUACACCCCUAACAUCUCAUAAAACCUUGGGUGAAGAAUCGUUUUAUUACACCAAAAAUGCUGCGAAAAGCUCAUAACAAAAAAUUGGAGGUGGAAAUUUUUUUCCCCAAUAGUUUUUUCAAAAAAUGUUAAGGUAUUUUAAGGGGUACUAAAGGGACAAAAAAGGAAGACAUUGAAACUAUUAUCAAAACUUAAGCCCUUCUAGUUCAAAAUUAGCUAAUUUUAGAGUUUUUCUCAAUCUAAACAUAACUUCAGAUAUUUAAGGGUGCACAAUUUAUUUGAGACGCAUUAUUUAUGACCUGGUAUGUUGCGGAACUGAUGCAGUAUUAAAUAUUGAACACAGUUUUAAGUUUAAUUAAAUUUACCUCUUUUUUGGUUGUUUAUAUAUAUUUUUUUUAUGAAAACAAUUGAAUGGCGUCAAGAGCAAUUGUAUUAACUUGUUAUAUUACUUCUGUGUCUUUUUGUAAUAUAUUUUAUAUAUCUAAA